GUCGAACACAGAGAUGGCUCUACGUCAGGACGCAGGGCUGGGACAGAGCACGGGGCUUCUCUUCCCGCUGUUGAGCUUUUCAGUGAUAUUCAGCGGCCAGUGGUGAGAGCGCGGCGGACUGCGUAUAUCCACUGAACUGCGUUUGCCAGCGGUGCUGUGAGAAACGACGCAGCAGCGACGUAAGAUUUCUUCAAAGACUGCAGCACAACGUGACUUCUACAGAGGCAUACAGCUUUUUCAACAUCCAGUCCCGACCUACAGAUGAUGGCCCAAACUCGCAAUCAAGGGAUUUUGCCAUGAUUCGUCAGGUGUUUCUCUAAGCAAGAUGUCAACCACAACUGAAAAUGGGAUGGGAGGGAGCACUGGCAGAGAGAAAACAUACAAAAAGACCACGUCAUCAGCCUUGAAGGGGGCCAUUCAGUUGGGCAUUGGCUACACAGUGGGGAAUCUGACCUCCAAACCUGACAGAGAUGUACUUAUGCAAGACUUCUAUGUGGUGGAGAGUGUUUUUCUGCCGAGCGAGGGAAGCAACCUGACCCCAGCCCACCAUUAUCCCGAUUUCCGCUUCAAGACAUAUGCCCCUCUGGCCUUUCGCUACUUCAGAGAUCUGUUUGGCAUCAAACCAGAUGACUACCUGUACUCCCUUGUGAAUGAGCCCCUUAUUGAGCUGACAAACCCUGGCGCCAGUGGCUCCCUCUUCUACCUGACCAGUGAUGACGAGUUCAUCAUCAAAACCGUCCAGCACAAAGAGGCCAAGUUUCUCCAGAGAUUGUUGCCUGGAUACUACAUGAACUUAAACCAGAACCCCCGCACGCUGCUGCCAAAGUUCUACGGCCUUUACUGUAUCCAGUCAGGAGGCAUCAACAUCAGGCUGGUGGUAAUGAACAAUGUCCUGCCGCGCUCUGUGAAAAUGCAUUACAAGUACGACUUGAAGGGCUCCACAUACAAAAGGAGGGCGUCCCGUAAGGAGAGGGAGAAGUCCUGUCCCACAUACAAAGAUCUGGACUUUCAGGACAUGCACGAAGAGGGCCUUUACUUUGACACAGAGACAUACAACAACCUGAUGAAGACUCUGCAGAGAGACUGUCGGGUCCUGGAGAGUUUUAAGAUUAUGGACUACAGCCUGCUGCUGGGAGUGCACGUGUUGGACCAGCACCACAGGGACAGUAGCGAACCAGGACAGGCGGGGGGUGAUGGCAGGAGGCCGCAGGGGCAGCGGGUGCUCUACUCCACUGCCAUGGAGUCCAUCCAAGGAGACGGCAAGGCAGCUGAAGUGCUGAGCACUGACGACACGAUGGGAGGAAUUCCAGCAAAAACACACAAAGAGGAAAAGCUGCUGAUCUUCCUUGGAAUUAUUGACAUUCUUCAGUCGUACAGGCUUAUCAAGAAGCUCGAGCACUCAUGGAAAGCCCUGGUGUAUGAUGGCGAUACUGUCUCAGUGCAUCGGCCCGGGUUUUACGCCAGUCGCUUUCUCAAAUUUAUGAGCACCAGGGUGUUCAGAAAGAACCAACCUCUUCGGUUUUCCCCUUCAAAGAGAACACGCACGUCUAUCCCAGCUCUGAAGUUUUCCUCCCAGGAGAUCCUUUCAUCCCAAACAGACGAGAGGGGCGAAGAGGACCGGCUGGGAGGGGCCCGCAGCCUGGCCAGUCUAGACGGACAAGCUGUGUUCGGGUCAUAUCAGCGCCCUGAUCUGGUCCCCGUAACCCCCUCCUUCUAUGAUGUGUCCUCCAUGGGAACCAUCUCCACUUCCUCCAUUUUUGUCAAUGUGGACAACCAAACAGAUGAAAGGGAUGAUGUUGGGUCUAGCUCCACAUUCACCCUGGAGGACAGUGCCAUCUGCCUCACCUCAGAGCAGAGCACCAUGGAUGUGGACAUGGACAGAGACGAUGGAUCAGUUCUGGAUGUCUACCUGUGAACGUUCUCUGCAGUCUUCAGCCAAUCAUCAGACAAUCUGCAUGUCAUCAUGAAGACCACAGUGUCUCAGUUUCCAGUGCUGCUAGAUUCAUGUUGCCACUCAUUUUAGCCAAGAGAAAAUACUUGCAGAAAGAAGUAAUCCACGGCUAUCUGGACCUAUGUGACAUUACAUUAUGUUGAAUGAGCUGAAACAGCUUUUAGAGCAUGCAUUUACUCUGUGCCAUUAAGUUUUAUAUGUGUAUGUUUAUAUGGCCCAUGCGGAGGUUCAACUGUACUGUAACUGUUACAGUAUGCAAUUCUUAUCGUUCUCCUGCUGACCUUAGAGGAAUGAAAGACACUUUAGAGUUUACAGCUGCUUUCAUCAUCAGUCCACAAAGGUUUACAGUGAUUUGAUGAUCAUCUUGGCUUCUGCACACGACAGGACCAGUAAAGACAUGUCUGAUAAUGCCAACAGAAGUGAUGAGCCGAUGGAACUCUGUGGAGCUUAAAACCAAGGCCAAAUGAACUGAUGUGAAGCAGGCUUCCUCUUUCCCACAGCUCUGGUUUCUUGCGCUGGAUUCAAACCAGAUUCCUGACUCCAUCUUGAGUCUAGUUACUGCAGAUUGGACAGAGUAUGACCCAUUUGCUCUUUACAAAAGGCACUUUUGACACUACUCAUAACUGUAAAAUAAGUUCAGUUCAUUGCUUUGGUGGGGCUAAUCAGCACAGCUGUGGAUGUGUUACAAUGCACUUUUACUUUUCAAAUGACUCUGAAGGAGCAUUGUAGAUCAUUGUGAUGAAUACACUUCAUGCUUUUUCUCAGGAUAUCUAGUGUGUCCUCCUCAAGACGCAAUGAGAGACUGACUCUAUCAAGACCAUAGCUAAUGCUUAUGUCCAUCAGUGCAGACAAUAAUUUAUUCUGUAAAUUGUAUUACUUCAUUUUCUGAAUCUUAAAUCUUUGAAUGUAUAAGGCAAUGCAUAUUUAUAGAGAAGAUAAAUAAACUAUGAACAUCG